AUGGCAUUUGGCAUCUCUCUCUCUCUGGCACUUGGUGUCUCUCUCUCCCUCUCUCUCUGGCACUUGGUGUCUAUCUCUCCCUCUCUCUCUCUCUGGCACUUGGUGUCUCUCUCUCUCCCUCUCUCUCUCUGGCACUUAGUCUCUCUCUCUCUCCCCCUCUCUCUCUGGCACUUGGUCUCUCUCUCUCUCUCUCUCUGGCACUUGGUCUCUCUCUCUCUCUCUUUGGCACUUGGUGUCUCUCUCUCUCUCUUUGGUACUUGGUGUCUCUCUCUCUCUCUCUCUGGCACUUGGUCUCUCUCUCUCUCUCUCCAUUUGGAACUUGGAUUCUCUCUCUUUGUCCCUCUGCAACUUGGUCAUUUACUUUCUCUCUUUUUCCCUCUGCAGCUUGGUUGCUUGGUCUCUCUCUCUCAUUUCAUCUUAGUCUCUCUCUCUCACUUCAUCUUGGUCUCUCUCUCUCUCUCUCUCUCUCUAAUGCUUGGCAUCACUAUCUCUCUUCUCUCUCUGGUACUUGGCCUCUUUCUCUCCUCUCUCUCUGGUACUUGGUGUCUCUCUCUCUGGAACUUGGCCUCUCUCUCUGGUACUUGGUCUCUCUCUCUGGAACUUGGUCUCUCUCUAUCCUCUCUCUCUGGUACUUGGUCUCUCUCUCUCUCUAUCUCUCUCUGGUACUUGGUCUCUCUCUCUCUCUCUCUCUCUCUAGAACUUGGUUUCUGUCUGGCACUUGGUCUCUCUGACUGGCAUUUGGUCUCUCUCUCUCUCUCUGACUGGCAUUUGGUGUGUCUCUCUUUCUCUGACUGA